GCAGGGAAAAUGUGUCAAACAAUACAGCAAGGGCAUUAUGUAUAAAUUUCAAAACAAAUGUAUCAUUUUUCAUAAUUGCGCAUUUCUUUCGUCUACCGUAAAAACGAUGGAAACUAAUUCAAGUACACAACCUCCACCACCAGCUUACCAACAAUCAGCGCCUGGAAAAACAUACUACCAACCACCUCCUGGCCCUCCUCCCGAGAGCACGCAAUAUGCGCCUCCUACACAACCACCGCCACAGCAUGGACCAGCAAUUGGACAGAGAGUGGUUCAAUUUUAUGCGCCUCCAGAGAAUAGACGACUUGGGAUAAUGAGGCGGCUAUGUUCAGCAAUCUGCUGCUGCAUCAUUAUUGGGCUAGUAGUCGGACUGGCUGCAGGUUUAACAAGUAGUAGUUAUCAUGGUUGUAAUUGGUAAAAAGCAAAAACAUUAGUAUAACCCUGCAUGAAAUUUUAAUCGGUUUAUAUUGAUCAUAGUCGAUAUAACUCAGACUGUGUUUACAGAUACGGUAAAUAGACAACAUUAUCAUAACCACAAGUGUACUAACCAUGAUAUUUAGGCGCUGGCACUUAUUGUUAUAACAAUUGUCAGUGCGCACGUUAUUAAAUAUAACAAGUAUAUAUUACUUUUAAUAAAUUAGAAGUAUGCUGCACUGCAGUGUGCCUUGCAUAAAUUAAAAUAAUAAUAUGAUGAUCUCCUCUUUAUUUCCUUCUAGACCCCUUGCAGGACAUUAGUUGCGCGGGAAACAAAACCAAUCAGGUUGAGGAAAAGAUGCAUAAGGGAGAAAAAGAGUAAAAGGGAAAAAGGGUGG